AUGGAAGAAUCCCGAACAGUAUCAAUCAAUAUCAACUUGACCAUACAGGUCCCGCCGGGUGUCAAAUUGAACGUCGGCGGCGUCGGUAUCGUCGAAGAUCAACACAACAACGACGUCGUCGGCGGUACAGUAGAAGAACAAGAAAACAACGUCGGCGGCGGUGGUACUGAAGGUCAAGACAACAACACCGUCAUCGUUGAUGAUGAUGAUGAGCCCCGCAACAACAACAACGCCGUCGUUCCUUUCCCCGAUGAUGAUCAGCCCCGCCGAACUAACAGCCACCACGGCGGCGACGACGAUUUCAGCGACCCCUCAAAUCACGAGAUUGGAGAAGCCCGAGCCAUCGCCGUUUUAGUGACGAUGAUGAUGACUUGGACUCGUUGCGAUCCAGAUCACCAUACUAUCACAGAGAAGGAGGACGAGAUGAGUGGAGAAGCAACUCCUCCAGGAGACGCCGUCGUUUUAGGUCCAGGUCUUUAUCAAGAGGAUUGAGAAGGCGUUAUCAUAUUGAUGGUGAUUAUCAUAGAAGAGAAAGGAGUCCGUCAACAACACCUUUGAGGAGGAGGUGGAGGAGCAAGAGCAGGAGCUAUGAUCAUGAAAGCGAGCUUGGAAGGAAAAAGGGUUCUUCUUAUAGUAACUAUGGUUAUGAUGAUGCAU